GCCAGAAAGAAUCAAUGGGGAAGCUGAGAUGAAAAGUGAGUUGGGAUGGGAGCUGAGGCUGCUCUGCAUCAGAUUCUCAAGGAAGGCCUAGCUGAACUGACUUAAAUUGAACUCUGAAGGAGGAAGAGUAUUCCAGACAGAGGUAACAGGCGCAAAAGCCCUGAAGCAAAAGCCACUUUAGGAUGUAUGAGGAAGCCAAGGGAAGCCCGUGGGGCUGGAACAUAUUGUAGAAGACAAGGGGGAGAGGGGGAAGAAAUGAAGUCCCGAGGUAGGAGAGGGGACAAGAGCCUGAUUCUGCAGAGUUGCUGGUAAGCUGCUUUGGACAUAGUAUUUUGAGGGCCAGAGGCAGCCAGAUUCACACUCAUGUGAGGAAGUAAUGUCUCAUAUACACCUUUAAAAGACUCCUGGUGGGAAUUCCCUGGCAGUCCAAUGGUUAGGACUUAGGGCUCUCACUGCCGAGGGCCGAGGUUCAAUCCCUGGUCGGGGAGCUAAUAUCCUACAUGCCACGUGGCGUGGCCAAAAAAAAAAAAAAGACUCCUGGCUACUCAGGAAGGUCAAGGGUGGAAAUGGGUCCAGUAAAAAGACCACAGCAGUUACCUCAUGAGAGGUGAUGGCAGCCUGGCCUAGGAUGGAGAGAAGCUGUGAGCCCUGCGCAGUAUUUCGGGUGUAGAGCCAACAAGGUGGAGCUGCGCGCGAGGAAUACUGGAGCGAGGAGGCCACGGAGAGGAGCAUCCGUGUGGGCGGAGAGGGAGCAGCUACAGGGAGAGCUGGUGGGGGGUGGGCCGACUUGACGUCCAUCCGAGGAGGAAGCUAGAACGCAAGAGUCUGUAACUCAGGGAGACCCGUGGGCCGCAGCCAGUUGUGAGGGAGAAAGCUCCAGGAAUCUAAGGAGGGUUGCUACCCGUAGCCUGGCAAGCAGGCAGACGCUGGCGUGACGGGACCCAGCGCGGGCCGCCAGCAGGGGCGGGACCCAGGCCGCAGUGCGCAGGCGUUGAGCUAACCGUUUCCAUGGCGGCGAGGACUCACGCUCCGCAACCGCUCUACAACUGUAGGGCCCCAGACUUCGGGCCCGCAGGAGACCGUGGUCCCCAAGCGUGUCAGCAUCCACAUCUCAGCGCAGGCCGCUGCUCGCGGUGAGCCGAACCCCACCUUCCCGCUUCCUGUCCCUUGAGCCGACAUGGGCGACCUGGAGUUGCUGCUGCCCGGGGAGGCUGACGUGCUAGUGCGGGGACUGCGCAGCUUCCAGCUGCGCGAGAUGGGCUCCGGAGGGUGGAACCAGCAGCACGAGAAUCUCGAGAAGCUGAACAUGCAGGCUAUCCUUGAUGCCACGGCCAGCCAGGGCGAGCCCAUCCAGGAGCUGCUGGUCACCCAUGGGAAGAUCCCGACGCUGGUGGUGGAGCUGAUUGCAGUGGAGAUGUGGAAGCAGAAGGUGUUCCCUGUGCUGUGCAGGCUGGAAGACUUCAAGCCCCCAAACACUUUUCCCAUUUACAUGGUGUUACACCAUGAGGCCUCCAUCAUCAACCUCCUGGAGACAGUAUUCUUCCACAAGGAGGUGUGUGAGUCAGCAGAGGACACCAUCUUGGACCUGGUGGACUACUGCCACCGCAAACUGACUCUGUUGGUCGCCCAGAGUGGCCAUGGUGGCCCCCCUCAGGAGGAGGAGUCCCAGUAUGGCACCCCCAUGCAGGAGCUGCAGAAGCAGGCAGAGCUGAUGGAAUUUGAGAUCGCACUAAAGGCCCUCUCAGUGCUGCGCUACAUCACAGACUGUGUGGACAGCCUUUCCCUGAGCACCUUGAGCCGCAUGCUCAGCACCCACAAUCUGCCCUGUCUCCUGGUGGAACUGCUGGAGCACAGUCCCUGGAGCCGGCAGGAAGGCGGCAAGCUGCAGCAAUUUGAGAGCGGCCGUUGGCAGACAGUGUCCCCCUCGGAGCAGCAAAAGCUGAGCAAGUUGGAUGGGCAGGUGUGGAUCGCCCUGUACAAUCUGCUGCUAAGCCCUGAGGCCCGGGCCCGCUACUGCCUCACAAGCUUUGCCAAAGGACAGCUACUCAAGCUUCGGGCCUUCCUCACAGACACACUGCUCGACCAGCUGCCCAACCUGGCAGACCUGAAGGGUUUCCUGGCCCACCUGGCCUUGACCGAAGCCCAGCCCCCUAAGAAGGACCUGGUGUUGGAACAGAUCCCAGAAAUCUGGGAGCGGCUAGAGCGAGAGAACAGAGGUAAGUGGCAGGCUAUUGCCAAGCAUCAGCUGCGGCAUGUAUUCAGCCCCUCAGAGCAGGAACUGAGGCUGCAGGCACGAAGGUGGGCGGAGACCUACAGACUGGACGUGCUAGAGGCAGUGGCUCCAGAGCAGCCCCGCUGUGCCUACUGCAAUGCAGAGGCCUCCAAGCGCUGCUCACGAUGCCAGAAUGAGUGGUAUUGCAGCAGGGAGUGCCAAGUCAAGCACUGGGAGAAGCAUGGAAAGGCUUGUGUCCCGGCAGCCCAGGGUGACAGAGCCAAGUGAAGGCUGCAGCUGCUGAGGGCCAAGCACCCAUGCCAUACAACCCCGUGCCCCUGAACCUCUGGAUCUCAGUCCGGCCUCUGCAAGCGCCCCAGCCUCCCAGGUGGUGAGGAUAGCAGACGGGAAGAGCUGCUGACCCAUCUCCCCCAGCAAAGCGCUCUCCACUUCCUGCUCCACCCGGCGGGUAGGCUUAGGGUGCAGCCUCAGCAAGCUGGGGCAGGAGGCCUGGGCGGGGGGCAAGGAUCGGAUGUGAGGACCCUCUUCCUCCAGUACAGUAAAGCUAGCUUCCAGAAACAC